GAGGCGGGGUCAGCACUCGCCCGAGCGCUUCCUCUAAGCGCUUCUUUGGGAAACGGGAUUCGGCAGCUGCCCGGCAUCGCGGCUGGAGGAUGCGCUUCCCCGCGCCGCCGGGCCCCGGGCUCCGCGGGCGGACGGUGGCUGCACCGGCCCUGGCCUGGCACGGCUGAGCGCCGGCUCCGCGGGAGACCUGCAAAGAAAAAGAACUAGAAGCCGUUAAGCUACCUUGUUCAGAGACAACAGUAAAUCAGCACAACAUGGCACAGCAUAGUAUUGUCCUUGGAUUAUUCAUGAUGACUGUUUUAUCGCUGUUGGAUGGAAGUUCAACUUUCCUGUUAAAUCAGCGUCUGAAGGGAAGAUUUCAAAGAGACCGUAGAAACAUCCGCCCAAACAUCAUCCUUGUUCUUACGGAUGAUCAGGAUGUAGAACUCGGCUCUAUGCAAGUGAUGAAUAAGACAAGACGUAUCAUGGAGCAUGGAGGGGCUCAUUUCAUCAAUGCUUUUGUGACAACACCCAUGUGCUGCCCAUCUCGCUCCUCUAUCCUGACGGGGAAGUACGUCCACAACCACAACACUUAUACUAACAAUGAGAACUGUUCUUCUCCAUCCUGGCAGGCUCAGCAUGAAAUACGCACCUUUGCAGUUUACCUCAACAAUACAGGGUACAGGACAGCUUUCUUUGGAAAGUACCUUAAUGAAUACAAUGGCUCUUAUGUACCUCCUGGUUGGAAAGAAUGGGUUGGAUUACUUAAAAAUUCUCGAUUUUACAACUACACGCUUUGUAGAAAUGGAGUGAAGGAGAAGCAUGGAUAUGACUACUCCAGGGAUUAUCUGACUGAUCUGAUUACCAAUGACAGUAUUACCUUCUUUAGAAUAUCAAAGAAGAUGUAUCCUCACAGGCCUGUACUGAUGGUUAUAAGCCAUGCUGCUCCUCAUGGUCCUGAAGAUUCAGCCCCUCAGUACUCACAACUCUUUCCUAAUGCCUCAGAACACAUUACUCCCAGUUAUAAUUAUGCUCCAAACCCAGACAAGCACUGGAUAAUGAGGUAUACCGGUCCCAUGAAACCUAUACACAUGGAGUUCACUAACAUGCUACAGAGAAAGCGCCUUCAAACACUCAUGUCUGUGGAUGACUCUAUGGAGAUGAUUUACAAUAUGUUGACUGAAACAGGAGAACUGGAAAAUACAUAUCUAAUAUACACAGCAGACCAUGGUUAUCAUAUUGGGCAGUUUGGGCUGGUGAAAGGGAAGUCCAUGCCAUAUGAGUUUGAUAUCAGAGUUCCUUUCUACAUCCGAGGACCAAAUGUGGAGGCUGGGUCCUUGAAUCCUCACAUUGUUUUGAAUAUUGAUCUUGCACCCACAAUUCUAGAUAUUGCUGGAUUGGAUAUUCCGUCUGAUAUGGAUGGUAAAUCCAUUCUAAAGCUGCUGGAUUCUGAGAGACCAGUAAAUAGGUUUCAUUUAAAGAAAAAGAUCAAAGUGUGGAGAGACUCAUUCCUAGUGGAAAGAGGUAAACUGCUGCACAAAAGGGAGAACGAGAAGGUAGAUGCCCAAGAAGAAAACUUUCUACCCAAAUUCCAGCGUGUGAAAGACCUCUGUCAGCGAGCUGAGUAUCAAACAGCUUGUGAACAGCUUGGCCAGAAGUGGCAGUGUGUGGAAGAUGCCAGUGGAAAACUCAAGCUGCACAAGUGCAAGGGUAUGGCAAGCUUGCCAGCUGCAAGCAACGGCAAAGCUGCCUCCAAUAUUUUGCCCAAGUAUUACAACAGAAAUAGCAAAGACUGCAGUUGUGAAGACAAUGAAUACAAGCUGAGCCACGUCAGACAGAGAAAGAAACUCUUCUCCAAGAAAAAAUUCAAACCAAGCUAUGUCCGGAAUCGCUCUAUUCGUUCUGUACCUGAGGUGGAUGGAGCCACCUAUAACCUGGCUUUGGAGGAUGGAUACCAGCCCAUCUUACCAAGGAACAUCACCAAGCAGCACAAGGUGCAGAGGGCUGUUUUCCACGAGGAGGAAGAUAGAGACAUGGGGGAAUACAGUGGAACAGGUAGCAUUGCAGAGUACACAGCCCCUAAUCUGAUCAAAGUGACCCACAGGUGCUAUAUCCUGGAGAAUGAUACCGUUCAGUGUGACACAGAUCUGUACAGGUCACUGCAAGCUUGGAAGGACCAUAAACUUCAUAUUGACCAUGAGAUUGAAACUUUGCAAAAUAAAAUAAAAAACCUGAGGGAGGUCAGAGGACAUCUAAAGAAGAAGCGACCUGAAGAGUGUGAUUGUAACAAGCUAAGUUACCAUUCAAAACACAAGAGCAAACUGAGACACAAAGGAUCCAGUCUUCAUCCUUUCAAGAAAGCCGUACAGGAGAAAGACAGGCUGUGGCUGCUACGAGAGCAGAGGCGGAAGAAGAAACUACGCAAAUUGCUUAAGAGAAUUAAAAAUAAUGAUACGUGCAGCAUGCCUGGUCUGACCUGCUUCACCCACGACAACCAGCACUGGCAAACUGCUCCCCUGUGGACAUUGGGCCCCUUCUGUGCCUGUACCAGUGCCAACAACAACACAUACUGGUGUUUGAGGACAAUCAACGAGACCCAUAACUUCCUGUUCUGUGAAUUUGCUACUGGAUUUUUGGAGUAUUUUGAUCUCAAUACCGAUCCAUAUCAGCUAAUUAAUGCAGUGAAUACACUCGAUAGAGAUGUUCUUAAUCAAAUGCAUGUCCAACUCCUGGAACUCAGAAGUUGCAGAGGGUAUAAGCAAUGCAAUCCAAGAACCAGGAACAUGGAUCUUGGACUUAAAGAUGGAAGCUACGAACAGUACAGGCAGUUUCAGCGUCGAAAAUGGCCAGAUGUGAAGAGACCAUCAUCUGCCAAGUCACUAGGACAACUAUGGGAAGGCUGGGAGGGCUAAUCUCCCCCAGCUGCUGCACCUCCAUGAGGAUACAAACUGGACGGGACUUGAAUCCAUGUACAGACUAAAUGAAUUGUAACAUUCACCUGAAGGACUGGAUAAGUCUGAGGCUGAAACAGAAUGUUUGCACUGCUGAGCUGAACAGAAGCAGUGAAAUUAUAGGAAAUGCUAUAUUUUCAGAAAUACAGGUCUCUGAAAUCCACUAUUGUACCUGCUUUUUUUGCUUUGGAUUAUACCUCACCUGCUUCACCAGGCAUUGUACUUCAAGACACAACUAAUGCUGAUUCAGGAAUUGACAGAGGAGGAAACCCAGCCACAUCCCAAAGAGGACUGCCAUUGCAGUGGCAGUAUUUACACAGACAGCUGAAGGAACCUUAGAACAAUUUCCAGUUCAUGUGUAUCUUUAGUUGUCAUGAGAAAAACUUCAAAGCCAAGUACAACUCUGAAGCAAGAUGUAGAAAACAAGGAUGCUUUUGCUUAUCACUGGGGUAAAGGUAAUGUUGAAAAGAACUUUGAAAAGAUUCAGGAAGUGAAGUCAGCAGCACCAAGUGUUCUCAACACCAUAGCAUUUCUUCAAUUUCCUCCAAGGAUACAUUUUAGUUCCACAUCUACUUGUCCAUCGUAUUGUCACUACGAAGAUUAGAGAAAAUCUUGACUACAGGAUGUCAGAUUUUUGGAGGGGUUGUGUAAAUAUUGAUUAGUGUACUGUUUGAAAAUAAAUUCCUUCAGGUUGUGAAGAAAUUUGUUAAUAAAAAAGAGUGCAAUGCCCACACACCAUUUCUCAAAAUACUAAGGUACUGAAAAAUCUUAGUAAAUGUACAUCUUAAAUUUUAACAAAAUCAGAUUUGCAGGAACAGUUUUUAUGUAGUAAUAUUAUACUGUAAUUUCAAAACCAAAACAGUUCCUUUGAAAAAGCAGCAUUUGCUUUGCAGUGUAACUUUCACAUUUAUUUUUAAAAAAAGGCAGCUCUGAGAGUUCAACACUUAGAGUCAAUAAUCUAGUUAUACUUCAGUCUGCAAAAAAAUAAAUGUUCUGAAUGACAGUUACUGUUCAAAGGCUUUCAUAGGGGAAAAAAACCUAUAAUUUUACUAAGGAAGCACAGUGUACAGAAUUAUCUUAGUAGUUUCAUAAGAGCAUUAUUACUUAUGUUGUAGUACAGGCACUAGUGGUGAGAUUCGUAUUUAUCAUUUGUAUCAUGUUACUUUGCUACCUGUUUUUAAAGGCAAAUGCCUGAGGGUGCUUAUGGGACAGACUCAACCAACUGUGGCCUUCACUCCUACGAAGAGGUAUUUUUUUCAAAAUGCAAACCUUACUUGCCCUUGUAGAAAUGCAAUAUAAAAAUAUAGCACGGAAAUGAUUUUGAAACCCCUCCUGCUUUUGCAAUUAGGAAAAUCAAGAAUUAUAUCCAGGCAUAUAGAUCCCUGGUACCACAACCCCAUAGUCAAAAAAUGUACUUUAAUUUAGGAAUGAGAAAAAAACCCUCCUCAAAAAGCAGAGGUGAAGUUUUUGUAUAUGCUAAGUAAGACUGGGCUUGAGUAUUUGUAUCACAUGUGGUAAGUCAAAUACAUUACCCAAAACUUCCUUGCAAGCUUUUUUAAAUUAUGGAAGUAAAAUCUGAAUGUCUGUCUUAUUCUA